AGUCGCUCCUUCACUUAAACCAGUGACCAUUGAACGUGUUGGUAAUCCGGAGCGACAUGUGUUUCGUAUACAGGCUCUGAACCAUAUGCCUGAGAAAGGCGGGCAAUUGGUUAAUACUUUCUAUGUUGUCGACACCGUUUAUUGGGGAAUGACGACGUCUCCAAGUGAAUGGCUCGAUGAUGCGAUUACUGUUGGUAAAAUUUGUAAAAUACCAUUUGAAGAAAUUACUAAGGAAGAAAUUAUUGAUGACGGGUCAUUCGGAGAAGUUUAUUCAGAGGUGACUAUUAAUAAAGGUUUGAUGUUUUGUAAUACAGUAUUAACUUGUAAAUUAUAUUGGUAUUCAAAGUUAAAAUACAGUACUUUGGAUCAUGCGAAUAUUAUACCUUUAUAUGGAAUUAAUGAGAGUUUGAACUUCGGUCUUUCUAAGGAUGUUAAUAGUUUACCCACUAGCAAUGCGAGAUUUUUUGGUGCGACACCAUACAUUGAGCCCCAAGCUUCUAUAGACUCUAAAUACAAGAAGGCAAAAGAUCAGAUAUUUAUAAUUCAAAAGGGAGCACGUGAAACUCCACUUCCUGAUACUCCUUAUGAAUACAUAGAAUUGCAUCAACAUUGUUGGAAACCUGAACCAAAAAAUCGACUUUUAAUUCAGGAGGUUUGCAGUAGAUUGAAUUACAGGCCUGCUUUAGCAGAAAUAAAAGAUAAAUUUGAUGAUAAACUAGAUUUUAAAUUACUUGCUGCUGAUCUUGUGAACAAAGUAGUUAAACUUGCGCUUGCGAACACCAACAAUCCAAAAAAGUUUGUUAACGGCUAUAUUCUUUAUCUUAAAAAUAAUCCAGGUAAAAGUAUGCGUGAUAUCACAAAUGCAUGGAAGGAAGAAUCAUUGGCGAUUCGACAACUUUAUCAUAAUACGCUCCUCUUCAGUUUAAUCUGUUAUCAAGACGAAUCCACACAAAAUCCUGUUCUUCAGUUUGAUCAUAUUUCCAGUUAUCAAGACAAAUCCGCACAAAAUCCUCAAACUUCGCUGCUAUCUCAAAUGUUGCCAUCACAAUCAUCUCCGACUGGUGACAUUUCAUUACAUUUAAAAAGCACUUUUGUUCGAUAUUUGAUGACUAUAAAAGAUGGAAAACUUCAAAAAG